AUGCGCACAAAUGAUGGCAAGGACGUCCCGCAACUGAAAGGUGAAGGUGUUUACGGUAUUCACAGUGUUCUUCAGGUACUAUUAAGUGGUCAUCGGAAGAUAUAUGGACUCUAUGUGAAGGAAGAUCGCAUGUUGUCAAUGGGAGAACGCCUGAAGAAGAAAACUACAGCCGAUUUACGAGCUCUAGAGCACAUUAAGGAGCUGGCAAAGCAUAAUGGCGUGGAAAUGUACACGACCAGCAAGUGGAUGCUUAAUUAUAUUACACGGGACAAACCACAUCAAGGCCUUGUACUGGAUGCUGCGGCCCUUCAAUUGAAAGAGUUUGACCCUGUUACACCAUUAGAAGCAGUGACUGCGUCAAAACAAUUGCCAGUGAUUCUAGUGCUGGACGAGAUUCACGAUCCACAGAAUUUGGGAGCAAUUCUCCGUUCUGCACACUUUUUAGGUUGUGUAGCGGUUGUUGUAAGCGAUCAAAACAGCGCUCCAAUGUCUCCUGCCGUCUCACGCGCGUCAGUUGGUGCAUUGGAAAUCUUGGUUGCCAAGAACAAACUGUUCAAGGCAAAAAACUUGCAUGAGAUGCUUGCAGUCAGUGGUGACCUUGGCUGGCGAGUUGUUGGAGCUAGCAGCGGACCUAACUCCAUUGUCUCUACCAAGCUCUCAGAUGGCGCCCAGCCCACGAUCCUGGUCAUGGGCAAUGAACAUCGUGGACUACGCAAAUGUAUCCGUCAGUGCUGCCAAGACAUUGUCGCUAUUCCAGGGCAAUCUACGGACGACGACACCCGCGUGGACUCACUCAACGUCAGCGUUGCGUCAGCAAUCUUACUAUAUGAACUUUUGCGCUAG